AUGUCUUCAGAGUGGAAGCCUGAUUACCGGAAGGAGGAUGAUGGUGCUCCAGUCUACGAUCAAAAGGAGGAACAGCCUGGUCCAGCAUAUGAGGAUAACUCUGCUGAAGUUUGGAUCCUCGUCUUAGUUGAGGAGCUUGGAAGUCUGAGUGACUAA